AUGCCGCCUUUCUUACCUCGGAAAAGGGGACUCUCGGAAGAAUCUCUCCCCGGCAAACAUCGUGCUCUUGAACUCACCGAUCCAGGGCCAUCGACAACGAAGCCAGUGAAUGAGAUCAGAGCGGAGUUGUCAGAUAACUCAGAAUCGCCCCUAAGCUGCGUAUCUUCAACGGAUGUGGAUAAGAAUGGGAAUGGAAAUGGAAAUGAAGGCGAUGAUGAAACCAGCUCAGAUGACGAGGAGGAGAACUGGGAAGAUGCGCUUCAGGGGACCACCGCAUCCAUUACGCCAGCAACUCCAGCCCCACAAGACCUGGAGCUUACGCUGGAUAAAAACCACCAUACAUACGUAGAUAUAGGUGCCCCGGGGAAGAAGGGGCCCAGCAAGAUAGAAAGGGAAAUACGUAUCCAAACCCAUUACAUGCAUGUGCAGUUUUUACUGUUCCACAAUGCUAUCCGGAACUGGUGGAUUAACGACAAGAAACUUCAUCAGAUUCUACGAGACCGGCUACCACCAGCUAUAAAGGGUGAGAUUGAGAAGUGGGAAGUAGCGGCGGGUAGGAAACUACCGAAAACAUCGCAAAAAUCGCCAAAUGCCACAUCUAAGGCAACAAAAGGGAAGAGGAAGAAAGAUACAAACAGACAGCAGCGCAAUUGGGGAGAAGACGCUUCUCGUUUAGAAGCCGGCCAGCCGGAUAUGAGUCGGGGAGAUCCAACGAUCCAACUCUUGAGGGUCCUGGCCGCUCACUGGAGAAAACAAUUCAAGAUUACUGCACCUGGUUUGCGGAAGAGGGGAUAUCGAACUAUUGCAACACUCCAGGAAGAAAUUGACUCUUUCCAUAAGGGAGAUCAAAGUAAAUAUGACCAUGGCGAAAGGAUAGCUGAUCUGAGUGAGUUUCGAGAACUGGCGCGUCGCUCUGAGGGAUCGCGAGAUGUAGGCGCUCAGCUGUUUACGGCUUUGGUUAGAGCUCUGGGUAUCGACGCGAGGAUGGUUGCAAGCUUGCAGCCUAUCGGGUUUGGGUGGACGAAAGUGGAAAACUAUCGUGUGAAGGAUGAGAAUCCGCCAACAGCGUCGAUAGAUGAAAAACCAGUACCACCCUCCAGCACGGAAAGUGGCGAAACGGAUGAUGAUGGGCCCCCAUUCAAAUCUCAUAGACGAAGAUCAACGAAGAAGAAUGAAAUUCCCAACAAGCACUUUGACAAUGACCUCCCAUUCCCUAUAUACUGGACCGAAGCUGUUUCUCCAAUUACGCAUGAAAUCAUCCCCGUUGAAGCUCUCAUUCUGCCCACCACCAAUGCUGUUGCCACGACUCCUGAACUCCUAUCCUUGUUCGAGCCACGGGGUGCCAAAGCUGAAAAAACGAAGCAGGUAAUCGCGUAUGUCGUCGCAUACUCACCCGACGCAACAGCCAAGGAUGUUACUACCAGAUACCUCAAGCGACAUACCUGGCCGGGGAAGACCAGGGCGUUCCGCAUGCCCGUGGAGAAAAUCCCGAUGCAUAGCAGCAAAGGGCCGACGAGAUAUAUUCUCUACGAUUGGUUCAAAGACGCCAUGAGGGGCUAUGAACGUCCAAAAGACAAGAGAACAAUCGUUGAUGAGAAGGAGGAUGCGAAAGAUCUACUUCCUAAUAAACCGGAGAAGAAGGUGCAGAAGAAGGAAGGGGAUACGUUGCAGAGCUUGAGGUGUUCUUCGGAGUUUGUACUUGAACGAUUUCUACGGCGCGAGGAGGCGAUAAGACCUGGUGCAAAACAUGUUCGGACAUUUACCAGUGGGAAAGGUGACAAAGUAAAAGAGGAGAAAGUUUAUAGGCGGGCGGACGUUGAGAAGUGUCUUUCUGCCGAAAGCUGGCAUAAGGAAGGACGACAGAUUAAAAUGGGGGAGGCUCCUUUGAAACUCGUCCCUGUGCGUGUAGUAACGUUAACCCGUAAGCGGGAAGUUGAAGAAGCUGAGCGUGAAAGUGGUGAGAAGCAGAAGCAGGGUCUGUAUGCCCUUUAUCAAACAGAAUAUAUCAUCCCACCCCCAAUUCAAGAUGGGAAGAUUCCGAAAAACGCCUACGGGAACAUUGAUUGCUUCGUGCCAACUAUGAUUCCCAAGGGAGCAACACAUAUACCCUGGCGGGGCACGGUGCGCAUUUGUAAGAAACUAGGCAUCGAUUAUGCUGAAGCAGUCACUGGGUUUGAAUUUGGAUCUAAGAUGGCCGUCCCGAUUAUUGACGGGGUCGUUGUUGCAAGUGAAAACGCACAGCUUGUCAAGGACGCGUGGCGUGCGGAGGAUGCUGAGAAGAGGAGAAAGGAGAAACUUAAGCAUGACAAGCUUAUCCUUUCGACGUGGAGGAAGUUUAUUAUGGGUUUGAGGAUUGCGGAGAGGAUUCAGGCUGAAUAUGGAGAUGGGGGAGAAGGGGAGAUGUUGAAUCCGUUUGUCAAUCUGCAGCGCGAUGUUGGGGGUGAUGAUCCGGGGUCGGAGGAGGAAAAGAAAGACAAAGAGGGAGAGGGCAGGGUAGAAGAAAGGGACUCUGCUGAUGAAGGUGGUGGAUUUUUAGUACCCGGUGGUGAUGAAGAGGCGUCGCUCGAGCCAGAUUUUGUUGAAGGAGAAGAUCCACACUUGCGGACGAGUGCUAGAGUGACUUCCAAUGUGAGUGGUAAGGAUAAUAGCGGAAAUGACGACGAAUCAUUGUCUGAAUUGAGCGAUGCCAUCUCUGUUAUAUCGAUUGACUCAAGCCCCUGA